AGAGGAAGAUGGCCCGGGACACUGAGGCAGAGCAGGAGCUGAGCAUGGAGAGCAGGGAGGACAAAUGCCCGCGGCAGAACCUGGUGGAAGAGGCCGUUUUGAGCGGCUCCACGGCGCAGGAAGCCAAUGGGGAGGAAAAGCCCCGGAGAUGCCGCACGAGGAGGGGCUGCAAACACAGUUGGCAGGGAUCUGAGGGGGAAAGAGCCAGCCUGGGCCGGGAAGGCGGCCGGAGAUGGAGCCAGAGCUGGGGGCUGGUGCUCCAUGAGCAGCUCCAUGGUGGGGAGAAGCCCCACACGUGCAUGGAGUGUGGGAAGAGCUUCAGGUGGAACUCCGACCUGAUUGUGCACCAGAGGAUCCACACUGGGGAACGGCCCUACGAGUGUGGGGAGUGUGGGAAGAGCUUCAGCCGGAGCUCCAUCCUGAACGAGCACCAGAGGACCCACACUGGAGAAAGGCCGUACAAGUGUUCAGAGUGUGGGAUGUGCUUCUGCCAGAGCUCCAGCCUGAUGGUACACCAGAGGACACAGAGAGAGGAGAGGUCCUAUGAGUGUUCCAAGUGUGGGCAGAGGUUUAAGACCAGCUCCAAUCUCCUCCAGCACUAUCGGAUUCACAGAGAGGAGAGGCCCUUCCAAUGCCCCGACUGUGGGAAGGGAUUCAGGCAAAACUCCCACCUCAUCAGACACCAGCGCAUCCACACAGGGGAGAGGCCCUACGAGUGUGAUAAAUGCAGGAAGAGGUUUCCGACCAGCUCCCAUCUCCUCCUGCACUAUCGGAUUCACACAGAGGAGAGGCCCUUCCGCUGCCCCGACUGCGGGAAGGGAUUCAAGCACAACUCCACCCUCAUCAGGCACCGGCGCAUCCACACUGGGGAGAGGCCCUACGAGUGUCCCCAGUGUGGGAAGAGCUUCUCCAGGAGCUCUGCCUUGACCCAACACCAACGGAUUCAUCAUGGGGAGAAGGCCCACAAGUACUUGGAGUGUGGGAAGAGCUUCAGGCAGAGCAGCACCCUGAUCAGCCACCAGAUGAUCCACACUGGACAAUGGCCCUAUGAGUGUGGGGAGUGUGGGAAGGGCUUCAGCCACAGAUCCACCCUUGUGACCCACCAAUGCAUCCACAGUGGGGAGAGGCCCUACGAGUGUCCCAAGUGUCAGAAGAGGUUUCAGAUCAGCUCCCAUCUCAUCCACCACCAGCAGAUUCACACCGAGGGGAGGCCCUUCUGCUGCCCUGAUGGCGGGAAGGGCUUCACGCACAACUCCACCCUUGUCACCCACCGGCACAUCCACAAAGGCAAGAAGCCGUAUGAGUUUGGGGAAUGUGGGAUAAGCUUCAUCUGCAGCUCUCACUUGAUCCAUCAUCAGAGAAUCCUCACUGGGGAGAGGAUUCCCCACAAGUGUGGGGAAUGUGAGAUGACCUUCAGUCGGAGGUCCCAGCUGAUCAUCCACCAAAUGAUCCACACUGGGGAGAGGCCCUACGAGUGUCCUGAGUGUAGGAAGAGGUUUCAGACCAGCUCCCAUCUUCUCCAGCACCAAUGGAUUCACAUGGAUGAGAGGCCCUUCCAUUGCCCCGACUAUGGGAAGGGCUUCAAGCACAAUUCCCACCUCAUCACCCAGAAGCGCAUCCACACUGGGGAGAGGCCCUACGAGUGUCCCCAGUGUGGGAAGAGCUUCUCCAGCAGCUCUCACUUGACCAGACACCAACGGAUUCAUGAUGGGGAGAAGCCCCACAAGUGCUUGCAGUGUGGGAAGAGCUUCAGGCAGAGCAGCACCCUGAUCCGCCACCAACACAUCCACACUGGGCAAUGGCCCUACGAGUGUGGGGAAUGUGGGAAGGGCUUCAGCUACAGGUCAGAACUCAUCAGGCACCAACGCAUCCACACUGGGGAGAGGCCCUACGAGUGUCCCCAGUGUCAGAAGAGGUUUCGGACCAGCUCCAGUCUCCUCCUGCGUGAGUGGAUUCACACAGAUGAGAGGCCCUUCCGCUGCUGUGUAUGCGAGAAGGGCUUCAAGCAAAAGUGCACCCUGAUCACCCACCGGCGCAUCCACCCCGGAGAGAGGCCCUACGAGUGUCCCCAGUGUGGGAAGAGCUUCACCCAGAGCUCUCACUUGACCAGUCACCAACGGAGGCACCACUAA